AGUUGUUGCUCACAUAAAGUGUUUUGGCAUGCGCACUCAUAAUUUCUUUCUCUAUCCAGACCUUGCAGACCUCCAGUGCACUGCACGCUCCUAAAUGAUUAACACUGCAGCUUCCCAGUGUGUAAGGACAACAACACGGUCGUGAUUGAGUUACAAAGCACAAUAGGAGAGAAAAAGUCAAGCUUUGUCUGAUUGUUCCUUGACAGGGUCAGAGGCUGCUGUCUCCAGAGGCUGCAGGGCUGUCACUGGGCAGGGAGUGACAGCAAGGUGACUGAGGGGAGGCUCUAUAAAUUGUUGGGCGCCGAGUAAACCUCUCCAAAGACGCGGAGAAGAGAAUCCUGCGCGUAAUUCCACUGCAGUGCCCCGCCGCCGGCUGUCACGGACGAUGGCCGCAAAAGCAGAGCUUUCAGGCUGGCCAGACUACCCCGAGGACUUCGCCCUGCUGCAACAGAGAAACGUGGCCCACAUCAGCUCCAAAACGUGGAUUUCCUCCAAUUCGGUCCGCGCCUAUUCGCGGAGGGACGCGCACGCUGCGGCAGAGGCGGGCAUUUCGUUGGAGAAACUCGGGCCGGUGGGCAAACUCCACGAGUGCGCGUCCACGGAGACGGGCCCCGCCAGGGCGUCUGAUGGAGACAAGGGGAGCAGCGUGGGGCCUCAGAGACACCGGCGCGUCGCAGCCAACGCCAGGGAGAGGAGGCGGAUGCACGGUCUGAACAAAGCCUUCGACGAGCUGAGGAGCGUCAUCCCAUCCCUGGAAAACGAGAAAAAGUUAUCCAAGUACGACACCCUCCAAAUGGCGCAGAUUUACAUCACGGAGCUGUCUGAGCUCCUGGCCGGCGUGGUUCAGCAGGAGGCGAGAAGUCCUCGCUCAGAGACCUCCAUGAGGAGCCUGAUCCACUCCCUCCGGCCAGAGGCGGCUGCGCAGCCCCCAAUCCUGCUGAGCGCAGAGGAGCAGCAGCAGCAGCGAGACCCGUCCAUCAACCGCCUGAUCAUCCUCGGACCUCCGUCAGUGUUAGAGUCAAAGAAAUCAGAGUCCUCCUCCAACAGCAGCGACGGGGAAGCCUCAAAUCUCAGCGACACGGAGGACAGUCAGAGUGGGAGACUUUGAGAGAACCCGUUGUCUCCAACAGGUUGCCAGAUGUUGAAAUGGCAGCGGAUCAUAGUGAGACAGAUCUGCUGUCUAAUCUGCUGUCAUCUCUGAUAGAGCAGAUGUUGCACUGCUGGAUUUCAAAAGUGAAGGAAACUUAUUCAUUUCGCAGAGAUCCUGAUUUUUUUUUUCCUUCUUCUUCUUGAUGAACGAAAAAAAGGCCUUCAUUUGCACUUUAUGGUCCCGAACAACAACUAGAGGCAUUUUUUAACAGUCAUUGGUUGGAUUCUAGCUUUUAUUUCUAAUUAAAACAAGUAUUUUUCUAUUUAAGAAUAGCUAAUCUGUAUUUUAUGAGGGAUGUUUUUGCUACAAUAAAGAUAUAAUGAAGUGA